AUGCAGGCACCAAUGUUGGUGGCGCUGCUUGUGACGCUGCUGGCGCCCAGCAGCUCAUUGCUCACCUUCAACAGGGAGGAUGAAAGGGCACGAACAGUGACAAAGGUUUUGGCCUUGUUGCAGAGCAUGGACCAGAGCGAGGCUCCGGCGCCUGCCUUGGCGCCCCCUCCAGCACCCGCCUUUGCCUUCGCGCCCUUCGCAGCCUUCAGCCCUGUGCCCGGCCCGGCACCUGCACCUGCGCCGGCGCCUGGCCCGGCGCCAGGGCCCGGCCUUCUGUUUGGGCCAGCGCCAGCACCUGCGCCUGCGCCUGCGCCAGGGCCGGCAUUGGCCAUUGUGGUGAACGGGAAUGAGAAAGUCGCUUCUGUGCAACUCUCAGAAGACCGGGCUGAAAGGAGGGAUUCCAUUGUUUGCGUAGCCCAUCGCUAUGACAACGACAGCAGAUGA